GCGGGAAAUUGGCUUCGAGCUCUGCUCAGUCGAGGACACAAGUGUUCUGAUGGGGUCCUACGAAGGCAUGCUGGGCUCGAUCCGGAAAGGCCUCUUUUUACCUGAUGCCACGAGGACCGACGCUCCUCCCCGUGAGGAGUCCGAUUCGGAAGGCAAGUAUUACCAAGCGGCUGCACUUACACCUGAGGCGGCUGCCGAGGUAGCUCCGGACUCGUCUUCAUCGUCGUCCAGCGACUCGAGCUCGUCAGGAAGUGAGGACUUUAACUAUUCAUUCGAUUGCUGCCGGGUCUACAGGUUGUGCUCCAACUGCCGCAAGAGCAAGCCAGUUAGAGAUGUGGGCGCUUUGAACGCAAUUUUGAACAAGUGCAACCCGCGGCGCAGCUCAAUCGGGCAGCCGCAAGAGCAUUCCACGGGGUGCGGAGCCGGGAGGCAGGAGCUGUGCGACCACAAAGGGAAUGCUGCCUUUACUAAGCGAGCGCUGGAGGUUGGCCUGUCCCAGGACGAGGUCGACCACCUGAUCGGCCAGCAUGUGGAUACUUUGUCGAAGUUGGCUUUCGUCUUAGUUCCCGCAGGACGGGUGCCAGAGGAGGAUGCUGUGGUUGCCCUUUUGCCUGCAGGUGCUACCCAAGGAGCCGUUGCAGGCCUCAAGCGUCUGCUCUUCGAAGCACACACGUUGGUAGUGUCAGCGUUGAAGCAGCGAGUCGAAAAGACGGACGAUGUUGUCCCUGCCUCUCUGGACAGUGCUGAGAGGGAUGAUCGCCUUGCUAGCCAAAAGGCGUGGCUCGGGGGCCUCACCUUUCAAGGUGAGGAAGAAGUGGCUCAUGGAGCUUAUGAUCUUGUCUUUGCCAUGGCCCAAAAGAAUGAGCUUGUGUGGCUCGCGCCCGAGAAGUUUGGUACUCGAAGGGCUGAAAUUGGGGCUAAGAAGGCGGGCAAAGAGCUAGUGAAGCUAGUGAUUGACGGCAGCGGAGUUGCCAUCAAAGAAAAGCCGUCAGUGAACAAUUGCAUCAUUCACUCUGAGCUUGAUUUGGUGUCUGCUCUUCGCCGUAGGGCCCUUGCUUUCGACUUAGUGGGGAUCCUUAGCUACGACGUGGCGAACCGUUACCAUCAAGCCUUGAUUCAGCGUUUGCAAGAAGCUCCUCCGCCGGGGUAUUCUAAAGUGUCCACAGCUCAGGUGCUCCGUGCGGACCGGGCUGCGUUCCUCAAAAUCGCUGAGAACAUCACGUCUCUGCGUCGCAGUGGGACAGGUGUGUUGCCUCUGGAUUCGCAGCUGCCAACAAUUUUGCUUGAUCCGAGUGUUACUUAUCACCUUCUCCCCUUGCCAGCCGGCUCGUCUUUUUCUGGGCAGGUCAAGGAUGAUGACAAGCCAGACCGGCCUCCGAAGCGUCCUCAUGACCCGCCUCGUCGCCCUCCAAAGAAGGGUGCCAAGCGUACCAACUUCUCUGAGGCAAAUGCGCGAAGGGGUUACAUCUGUGUGCGGAACCAGGUCUAUGCUGCCGGCGACCGGUACUCACAGGCGGAUGCGGUUGCUUCUAGCAGCCUCGGCCGCCCCUUAGGAAUCAGCCUAUCCUUGGGGCCUCUGCAAGUCUAUGGCCAGUGCAAGCCUCCCGUGCAAUUACAGGAGUGCAAUCUCGCAAGCGCGCCGGGUAACAAGCUGCCGUCUGAUUGGCGGCCUGGAUCAGACACUGAUUUCCCCGUGCAGCCAACUCCCUCCCCUUUCGGUUUAGUUUUGCCCGUGGCCAAAAGCGUCCUUGGACUGAUGGGGGAUCCACUGUGCAACUUUGAUGCGUCUACAAGUGGCCAAAAGCUUUCCUGGACUGAGGGGGUCUCUGGCUCCUUAGAUCCUGCAGACCCUAGUGUUCGGGAUGCAAUGAAGUCUGGCAGUGCCGAACAGGUUGCAGCUUUGAUGAACCAGAGCCAGCGCAUUAGCCGCAAGGACUUGUGCGUGCUGCUUGAUUUGCUUCCUUCAGAGCCUCUUCGAUGGGAGGGCAACUCCGGGGCUAAGUCCUUCCAAGUUGGGAGUUUUGUGCAUGGGCCCAUGACCGGUGUGCGUUCAAUGACGAAGCAGUUCCCUGAAACUACCAAGGCCGUGUGCUCGUACGUCAGGUCUUUAUUCCCUGGUUUCGAGUUUGGUACAGUUGGCCUUUUUCGUGACCUGUCAGCUUUGCCACAUCGAGACUCUAACAACGAGGCGGGCACCGAGAAUGCCUUAGCGGCCCUUUCAUCCUUCAAGGAGGGUUCCCUGUGGAUGGAGGAUCCAGCCGGAGAUGUGGAACACGAGUUCAAAGGCCGCCAAGUCAAAGGUGUAUGUAUUCCAGUCACUGCAGAUGGUUUCAGGUUCGAUGGUAAGAGGCUCCAUGCCACGAUGCCUUGGGUGGGUCGGCGAGACGUGAUCGUCGCAUAUAUGCCUCGAGGUGCCCGGGCCUUGGAAUCUGAGCAUGCCUCUUUCUUGACAAAGCUUGGGUUCCUGCUCGACCGCAAGAAGCAGCCCCCACCGACGGGGGGCGCCGGCAUGACUAAGGCAGUCAUUGGCGUCUAUCGGACGCCAGAACAGUUUGUCGCUGAUGACGUUAAAGUUGGUCACCCGACCCAGCUCUCGUCGCUGCUCCCCUCCGAGAUUCGCGGAGCUGUUCGCAAAAUCCACCGUGUUGGAGAAGCUAAUGUGGCUAAGGAGCGCACCGCUACACUGAGGCGGUGGGUUGGCUUGGCGGCCGACCUUGAGGCUGCUGAAGCUGAGUUCAAGAAGGACAUGCCCAAGUUUCGCAAAGAUGUUCUUGCAUCAAAGCGCUUGCUGCUUUUCCGCACUCUACUGCGGGAGGUGGGGCAUGAGGAUGAUGAACUUGUUGCUGACAUUGCUAAAGGGUUUGACUUGACGGGCAAGCUUCCCAGAUCCAACGUGUUUGUGCGUCGCUUCCGACCAGCUGAACAAACCGAAGGACAGCUACGGGCAGGAGCGAAGAGGUUACGUGAUGGGCUCCUUGCUACCAUCAAAGCCUCUGAACAUCCUGUGGUUGAUGAGGGGGUGCUCAAGGCUACGCAAAAGGAGUUGGAGCGGGGGUUCGUCGAGGGACCCCUCCGUCCCGAAGACGUGCCUGCAAAUGCGUCGCUGACUCAUCGGUUCGGGGUGCUUCAAGGUGUUACUGAUGAAGGGCCGAAGGUUCGACCUAUAGAUAAUUACUUGUCUUCACAGGUCAAUGCGGCUGUCACGCAGGUCGAACAGGUCAGUGUCCCCACCAUUGACAUUGUGGCCGGCAUGCUUGGGUGUUGGCUACAUGAGUGGUUCCUUGCUGGGCAGCCGGUCCACAGCAGCCCGUUGUGCAAAGCCUGGGACCUGCGUACGGCGUACAAGCAAUUGCCUCUUUCUGAUGCAUCGUUUGAGCUUGACAGUUACUUCGUUGUUUUCAACGGCCGAACAAGUUCGAGUGAAAUCUAUCGGCAACGUGUCCUGCCAUUUGGAUCCACGGCUAGCGUCACGAGCUUCAUCAGGGCUGCUUAUGGCCUGUGGAGGUUGGGGACCCUUGGCCUCGACCUAGUGUGGAGCGAAUACUUUGACGAUUACCUCAGCGUGUGUGGUAAAGAGUUUGCGAGACAUUGCGACUUCGUGAUCGCGCUGUUCUUUCAGCUCUUGGGCUGGGAAGUGUCCAAGGACAAGGAGCUCAGCUACGACUCGAUGUGCACUGUUUUGGGGGUCCGGAUAAACUUGAAGGAUGCCAAGCUUGGUUUGUGUUUUCUCGGGAAUACUGACAAGCGGCGUGCUGAGGCCAUUGCUCAGAUUUCUGCUGCUUUGACUCCGAACCAACUUGAUCCUGCCGAGAGCGAAAAGCUUCGUGGGCGAUUGCAGUUCGCGAGCUGCCAGAUUUUUGGCAGGCGACCAAAGGCAGCGCUCAAGUUACUUGCUCAGCAUGGGAGACAGCGCAAGUGGGAGUUGGGUGCAUCUACACGUCUUGCACUGCUACAGCUGAAGCAUUUUCUUGAAGAAGGUCGGCCUCGGCCUGUGCGCGCCAGGCGGGAUGACUACGUGCACAUCUAUGUCGAUGCAUCAUUCGAGCCGAGUGGGCACUGCGGUUUGGGGGCUGUGGUUUUCUCUUCCUUAGGGGCCCCGCUUAGCCGGUUCGAAUACAAGGUGGAUGACAAGUGCAUCACAGCGCUGCGUACUGAGGGCAGCCGGGCCAAAGAAACUGUCAUCUUUGAGCUCGAAGCCUUGGUGCUUAGCAUUUGCCUCGAUGUUUUUCGACCUUUUGUGGAUCGCAAAGGUGUGGUCAUUUUCACUGACAAUGAAGGUGUGUUUGGAUGCUUCGUCAGAGGCCAUAGCGACGACAUCAUGUGCACACCUCUGAUUGAUUUCUUUGCAAGGUGUGAAGAGAGUCUUGAGACGAUUUGCUGGAUCGACAGAGUGCCUUCUUCGUCGAACCCUGCGGACGAUCCUUCAAGCCCCCGGCUCAAGCGUGAUUUUUUGCUCGUCGUCGUAGGGGGUCAACAGCACCCCAGGUAG